AUGCCACGGACCGCUCCUGGUACUUCUCUGAUUAGCAGAGUGGACUGUGCGAGCGGCUUCGUGGCAAAGGGGGCGAGGUGGCUGAAACCCGCCACUAAGAGGGGGCGUGGCCGACCGCCCACCCACGGAAGAUACGUGGGCAUAGGGAAGUCGCAGGCGGAGCUCCGCGAAGCGAAAUCGAAGACGAAAACGGAUCGCUUCCAAACGGAGGACGCGUUGGCCGCUUACAACGAAGCGGCCAAAUUGGCGUUGGAAGAGAGAGCGGCCCGCUCUAGGAACCGACAGGCAGAAACAAAUACCGAGGAUGCACCGAAGACGGCUCUGAAGACUGCCGCCGACACCAUCAAAGGUGCGGUGGCGGAACUCAGGGCUCUGACCAUGUCUGAGGAGGUGGCCCGCCUGGAAGCUGCCAACGCACAGCUUUCGGGCCAGUUGGCCGAACUACGAAGGGAGGUGACCGAGAUGCGCAGGAAGCCACAAGAAGCCAAUGAGGAAGGCCUUAAGCGCAUAAUGGAGGAGGCGCUGCGGUGCAGCCGGGAGCAGUUCAGCAACAUGCUGAACGCCCGGAUGGAGGGCAUCGAGCGUCGCCUCCUUCCGGAGCCUCGGCUGCGGCCUCCGCUGGCCGCAGACCGCAAGGCGGCGCAGACCAUCGCAACUGAUAGGGUGACGAUUCAACCCGAGUCGCCCGCCGUCAAAACCGUCGAAAAAGUUGGGAGCACCAAAGUGGCCCAACCAAAAACCAAAAAGACGAAACGCCCCAGUAUGGCUGCCCAGGAGGCGGCAGCGGCUGCGGCUAAGAAACCCGCACCUCCGCCAGCGUCGCGGCCGGGUAGCUCCGGAACAUCUUGGGCGGCUGUUGUUCGACAACAACCGAGCAAGCCGCCCAAGAAGCCAAAGGCGGCAACGGGAUUGGCAACGGCGACCAGAAAAGGGAAGAAGGAGAAGCGUCCAGGAAGGAAACUCCGCUCUCCUCGCACCGCGAUCCAUCGACCGACGAAAUGCGUCGAGGUCAGGGUCGUGGAUCUGGACGACUCUGUGACGGCGGAGGAGGUGGUGGCAGCGGUGGCCACAGAAGGAGGAUGCUCCGAGGGCGCUAUUAGGCCGGGCGUGGUUGUCGCUGUGGCUCAGCUGUCCAGUCGCGGCGGCCAAGAAAAUCCUCGUAACCGGCAGAGUCAGAGUGGGGUGGAUCUCGGCGCGGGUGCUUUUGCUCGAGCCGAGGCCGCUCCGCUGUUAUAA